GAGUGCAUAAGUAGUAAAUACAUUCUUAUUACCUUUGAUUACGAAGACAAAAGAAAAUGGAUACUUCACAUUGCCAUUAUCAAGGCUACAUCCUUCUUCUAGUUCUACUUUAUUCAUCUAUGUUUGAUGUAGCUUCAAAUAUAGACAUUUCCAGUGAUGCAAGAGGCAGCAAAACCGAUAGUAACCCGAAACAAUAUGUGAACUGUGGAAAUUAUGAAGUUAAAAGGAGACAGAUGACUGUUUCUUGUUCCAAAUCAGCUGAAUAUAUUAUUACAAAGAUCAAUUUCGCUGAUUAUGGCAAUCCUACCGGUUGUAGUGAGGAUCAUAAAGUUAGUAGACAUGGCAAUUGCGGCGCACCAGAUACCUUGAGAAUCGUCAAAAAGAAUUGUCUUGGAAAACAAAAGUGCGAGCUUUACGUUUCAGAUGAGAUGUUUGGUCCGAGUCACUGCAAGAAGGAUAUUAAGCUCAUUGUUGUAUUCACAUGCACAAAAGCUUAGGUUUUUUUUUUAUUUUCUCCUUAAUAAAGGCCAUAAAAUAAUCAUGGUUUGUGUCCUUGUAUUGUAUUGAUCAAGUUCUAGUUGAUAAUUAAAGGAACAUUUCAGAUAUUGUUUUUCUAUUUGUUAUUUUGCAACCGAUGAAUUCUAAAGUUCACUCAGAGAUAGGGUUUACGGAUAAAGAGACUUGAUUUACAAGUAAGCUUGAAAUAGAAAGACUAAGAUAUGAUCAACAAUAGGAAAUGAGUGUUUUAGUGAUGAAUACAAAGCGGUGCUGGAUAACAAUGGAGACUGUAUGUAAUCAGAGUAUAGUUUAGCUAUCCAGAAUUUGGAUCCCAUGUAUUUGGCUCCUCCUUUUUCUUUUAUAGGUCUCCAACGUGGACCGAGCACUUUAAUGAUGGCUUUAAUUCUUUUGAUUUCUUUACGUUUUCAGUUGACUCCUCCGAGCUUGGCGUGUUUAACUCCUUGAACCCGGGGUGGGCUUUGAUCUUCGUGGGCCUAUGUUUCCCUCUUGUGCCUUGAUAGUGAUUGGUUUUGGGCUUUACUACUUUUGGGUCAGGAUCUCGGACCGGAUCUGAAGAUCAGUGAAACCGAGCUCCAACAAUAGCCCCUCCCUCCGGAUUCCAACGUGUCUCAGGUCGUCAGAUUUUUUUUUGAGAGAUCGUCGUGAUUUUUUAUUGUUUUAACUUUGUGGUUUCAGAUUAGUGGUUCCUCUUGCUGCCUGAGUGUUUCUGGGUGGCGGAGUCUGCUUGGAAAAGAGAGGCUAGAGAAGCGAGGAAAAAAUCUCCACAAGAUGAGGUGCCUCGAAAAGCGGCCUCUGAAGUGGUCGCUGGUGCGACCGAGGCUCAUGGUUCUUCUGCGGGGGUCAUUGCCUCCGGUGUUCCCGAGGUCAGAAAGAGCCUUUCUGAUGUUCGAGUUGCUACCAAGGCUGUGGCUUUGGUUCUGCCUUCUGGUUCUGUGACCUCUGGUUGAUGUUUCGGUGUCGCCUUUUGGGACUGUCGACAUUUAGCAUCGAAGCCACAACCGCAGUACUAGAGUCCUCUGGACCUACUGUGGUGCUGUGGUUGACGCUUCGAUGGCACCUCCAUCUUCUUCGGUGCUUCCUUUUCAUCCUACUAGAGGUUCUCUUCUGGAGUCUAUCCCAAAGGAGGCCGCCCUGGAGGCUUCUCGUUGUUCUUCUGAUAAUCAGGAUCGGAGGUGGAGCUUCUCGUAGGUCAACGAGAAAUUCUCCAAGGCCUUCGAGUGCUUCUUCUUAUUUUGACAAAAUCCAACAGUGGGGUCUUGAGAUAGACCUCAUGAAGCGUUCAACUCCGGGUCUGGGCAGCAUGAUCUGAUUGGGUCAAAGCGAUCUCAGACGGAUGAAAGGGCUUAACCUUCGAGCUGGUACAUCGUAUUCUUCUGGGAAGGACGCAUAUGCCAUGUCUUUCGAGUUUCCCAGUUAUACAUCCUUGUCUGACGAUGGAAAAGCUUAUGUGUGUUGUUGUCGUGAGGUUCGCCUUGACAGGGAUCUUAGCUUUUUGGAGGAUAUUUUUACAAAAAUUGACUCCUACAAGAGGCUUUUCUGUUCUUAUGAAUUGCAUUUGGGUUGGGUGAACCGCAACUGGGAGCAUUAUGAGUGCAAUAUCCAAGAUGCUCGUAGUGGUUGCUGACACGGAGAAAGGGACUCUCCGUUGUAAGGACGCGCCAAGGCGGAGCGCGCUAAGAACCUAGAGAUAUACUUGAUCCACAGGGCUGUUCAAUCCGGAUUUCUGUCCGGUUUUGGUUUGUUUUUCCCCAGUAUUUUGGUUUUAAAAAGUUUAGCGACCUUAUUAAACUAUAUCUACUUUGGUUUGAUUUGGUUUACAUAUUAUCGAUUUUUGAUUUA